AUGGAGUUAGAGCUACCUAAGCGACUGUAUGCAGAGGGUUUGGAACCUCAGGUCAAGAAGGUCAACAAUUGCUGCCGCAUGGAACUUAUCAGGGAUCUGAAGAAAGCUAUGUCUGCAGAGUACAAUGAUGUGAAGAUAGAUCCGGUUUUUAAACACAUCAUGGCUAUUGCGGAAAACAAGCUCAAGUUUUCAGGGAAAUUGGUGGAUAGUUUCUUAUGUAAGCAGCUGAUUACCUCGAAGAUGCAUGAGAAGUGGUUUGUCUUUGCGAGGACGCCUCUCCGGUUUUCCCUUCAGGAGUACCAUGCUAUGACAGGCCUCAAAGUUUCUCGGGAAAGUAGCAGUGAUGUUGUAACAUGGAAAAAUGACGGAGGGUUUUGGAGUAACCUACUAAGGACAGGUGAUAAGAUCACGUUGAAGUCGAUCAGAAAGGUGCAUCUAAAAGAAGUUCACAAGUGGACUCGGAUUGAUAGGAUGAGGUUGGUCUACCUGUGUGUGAUAAUGGGUGUGGUGAUGGGGAGAGAUGAGAAGGUGAACAUCCCUGAUAUGUACAUCAAAUUGGUGAUGGACCUUGACAAGCUCCGCAAGUUCCAUUGGGGUCUUCACUCCUAUGACUUCCUGCUGAGUUCUAUUGAGAAGGCUAGGAAGAAGUUGGGUAAGAAGAACAGCUACAUUUUCGAGGGUUUCUCCUAUGCUUUCCAGAUUUGGAUUAUGGAAGCAAUUCCAGAUUUUGGAGAAAUAUGUGGCAGCAAAGUCUCGGACAGUUUCAGCGGUCCAAGGUGUGGAAAUUGGAAAGGAGUUGCAAAAGGAGACUUGUUCUCUGUAAUUUCAGUGAGUGGCAAUGGUGAUGUGUUGAGGGAUGCUGAUUAUACAAGGAAGGAUGAGAUGGACAAUGAACGUGUGGACCUUCUUCUCGAUAGGAUUAAAUACAGGUUUGAUUGGAGCAACACAGAAUGGCCAGUUAUAGAGGCUGAAGAGACUGAGAUGGAGGAAGCCGAUACAGAGUCGGAAGCUGAUAAGAGUGUGGAUGAUACUGAUAUUGCAGCAGACGUGGAGACAUCUUCGGUUAAUGUUGCUGGAAGAGGCAAGAGAAAGAUUCAGGAUGAAGGAGCCGAGACAAGAAAGAAGAAGUUGCUGUGUAAGCGAACAGCAGAAAAAAACAGAGUAUUGAUCGUGAAGCGAAGAGUUUCAUUGAGGGUUUAG